UAGCCUGACUUUGAGGAAGUCGGCCAGGGUAGCUAAUGCUGGAACAGGUGUUAAGAAAAUGUAGACCCCUAUCGGAGGUUUUUAUUUCCUCAUAGUUUUGUUUCUGCGUUGGAACGAUACACAUAUUUACUUUAUUAAGUACUUUAUGCUAGCUCGCUAACUGAGCUAACUUCGUCGUUUCGUCGUCAACUUCUGUCAACUUUUUUCCUCCAAAUAAGCUAGCUCUGGACUUCUCAACGGAAAUGAGUGUUAUCACUCGUUCUGGAUAUUUAAAUGAAAAUUGAACACAUUUGCGUUUGGGAUUAAGCUGGACUAUUUUUAAAGCAAUUUCCUGAAGGCUUCCCUUUUGGAGUUUUUUCCGCUUCUCAGGCGGUGGUUUACUGCAUGAACGUCAACUUCCGAACGGACAUAAACAAUGUUUUCUGGCAAACCUUUGAAACCCACCUUCAAGUGUUACCUUCCUCCAGUGCAGACGGAUGCGAACAAAACAAUUGAACCUCCGCUAAAAAAGCUGGAGCCUACAUUGCUUUCUGGUGAGAUAGUAGUCAAUGAGGUGAACUUUGUGAAGAAAUGCAUCACCACUGACAGCAGUCAGGACGACCUUGUGGGGAAGCUGAUAUGCACCAACUUCAAGGUUUCUUUCAUUCCCCAAGAUCCUCCACAAAAACAGAGAACCCAGCUUUUCCACCUCCUCCUUGGAGAACAUGAUAUCCCUCUGACAUGUCUGGACCAAGUAGUGGCAGUCAAUGAUUUAAAAGGAAAAAAGAAAAUAUUGAGUUCUAACCAGAAACUAAAGUUCAACCCCACGGAGCUCAUUCUGUACUGCAAAGACCUGCGCAUCAUAAGGUUCUGCUUUGAUGAAGCGGGACCAGAAAGUGCCAGAAAGGUUUGCCUUGCUAUUGCUCACUAUUCUCAUCCAGCUGAUAUUCAACUAUUGUUUGGGUUUGAAUAUCAGGGUCGGCGAUACCAUGAAUCUAAAGAAGAGCGACUCAGCCGUUCCACCCAGAGAGGAGCAUUGCAGACUCCAUUUUUUGAUUGCUCAACUGAUUGGGAUCGUGAGAUCAAGAGGACAAGUGCUUCAGAGUGGAGGGUUUGCUCAGUCAACCUGAAAUAUGCCAUUUCCCCAAGUCUUCCUGAGCACAUUGUGGUUCCGACCUCUUUGGCAGACCAAGAUCUAAUGCAGUACUCCUCAUUCUGCAAUGAUGGCCGCAUCCCUAUGUGGUGCUGGAGUAACCGGAAUGGGAGUGCUCUGAUCCGCAUGGCCAACAUCACAGAUCUGCAACAACAGAGGAAGAUUGAACAAAGGAUCUUCACUGCUAUCAGAAAAAGCCAUCCUCAAAACUCUGAUGCUACGACAUUAGAGCUUGACAAGAAUCUUCCGACCAUUCAAGAAAUCCACAGUGCCUUUGCCAAAAUCAGGCAGAUUUGUGUCUUAGAUCCGUUUGAGGAGACUGAAGAGCGCUGGUUUUCCUCCAUUGAAAACUCCAGAUGGCUUGACUAUGUCAGGGUCUUUUUAAGACAGUCAGCAGAAAUAGUCUACCUCCUGGAAGGAAAGAGUGUCUCUGUAAUUCUUCAAGAGGAAGAGGACCGAGACUUGAACUGUAUUGUGUCUUCGCUGGUGCAGCUCAUGUUGGACCCUCACUACCGCAGCAUUACUGGCUUUCAGUGUUUGGUGCAGAAGGAGUGGGUGAUGGCUGGCCAUCGCUUUCUAGACAGAUGCAACCACUUGAAGAAGAAUGACAGAGAGGAGUGCCCGCUGUUCACGUUGUUCCUGGACUGCGUGUGGCAGAUGAUGAACCAGUAUCCAGCUGCUUUUGAGUUCACAGAGGCAUAUCUGACCGUGCUGAGUGAUAGCAUGUGGAUCCCACUGUUCAGCACUUUCCUCUUUAAUUCUCCAAAGCAACGGACUCAGCUCUUGACGGACUUUGCCAAAAACAAAGCCAUCCCUCAAGGAGAAAACCCGGCUGUGUUUUUCCCAGCAGUUUGGGAGUGGUCACAGCAGUUUUCCAUCAAAGAUCAAACCCUCUUUAACAACCCUAUGUAUGUCGGCAAAGGAUCUGCAUGUGUUCAGAACGGCGAAGUAAAAAGCUUCAGACGCACAAAGAAAGUUUUUUCUUCCACACUUCGGGCAACAACAACACAGCAGUCUAACGGGCUGAAAGGUAAUGGGGAGCGCAGACGGAGCUCUCUGGGCUCAGAGUUGAGGUCGGAUUUCUCCGUAGUGAAAGACGAAAGUCCGUCUGACCGCUUCUUCAGAGACUGGUUCUCUCAACCUGUUGACCAGCAUGGCGUCCUGAUUCCCUUGCUCAUGCCGUCACACGUCGCUCUCUGGAAGCUCUUCUUCCUGCGCUGGGUGUCUGAAGCCUGCAUUCCUAACGGAGGCCCCAUCACUGCUUACCACAAGCUGUCCCAACUGGUCGACGAAAUAGACAUUUUGCAGAGCCAACUGAGGCAAUACAAAGGCUCCAGUCUAGGGAGCACACGACUUCCAAGCCCAGGUGCUCCCCCCUCAAGCCAAAGAAGGAUGUAUUUUAAGGCCAGUUCUCCAGGUGACCCUUCCACCAUUCCAGACGUCUUUAGCUCCACCUUUCCUUUUACUCCAGUGGGAAACUUAUGCAGACGAAGUCUCCAGGGAACCCAAAUUGGCAAAUUUCUGAAUGGCGCAAAGAUCUGGCUCUCAACUGAGACUCUUGCUAAUGAUACUGUUUAAGGGUAAUGGGUUCAUAUUUGUGUUUGUUUGUUUUUUUAAGAAAAUCUAAUGAAUUCUUCUUCAUAUUAUCUAUUUCUUAAAUACUAAUAAGAAACCUAAGAGAUCAAAUGCAACUGUUUAAAUGCCUUUUAUAAAUAUAAGCUAGAAUUUGCACCAUUUAUGCAGCGUCCAAAUCUUGGGGAUUACUUCAUCUUUAGAAUUAAAUCAUUAACAUCUACACAUUUUAAAGCAGAUUGUUUCCAAAGUUACACAUUAUAGAAAAUUGUCCGCACUGGUGAGAUGUUUAUGCCUUUUUUUUUGUGACAGAAAUGGCACCUUUAGAGGUUUUCUCAGAUCAGAUUAAGAACAUUGACAUGGUUCACUGCGUUAGUAAUAAUUAACUGUUAAAAAUAUGGCUGCCAACAGUUUGUUUUUUUUUAAUACAAUUUGCUUUCGUAUUUAAAAUCAGAAAUUACCAUAUUCCAAAACUGUGAUGCUCCUCACUAAACACUGAUUUUCAAGAAUUAUGUUUGUUCUGAUGUUAAAUGUAAUUAAAGCUGAAAAUGUUGUGCCUUUUUCAAGGAAACUUGCAAUAAGGGAUAUUAGUGUGACUUCAAAGUCUUGCUUUAUGUGGUUUUUACUAUUUUUUUCUUUAUCAUAGGAACCACGUUUUUACAGAAUCAUUCAGCAGUUAACAUUUAUGAUAGUUUUCAUUAUAUAUAUUUUUUAAGAUGUACUUUCUGAAAGGGCUUCUGGUAAGGAGCAAAUCAGAAACUGUUCAAACAAGUUGUGGCUGAAUGUGAAAACAAGUAAAGUCACGGACAAAGGCUUCUACUCAAGCUAAUCUUGUUGUGGACAAAUGGGGUUUUGAAUUUCAGACAGGGAAGAUGUGGACGUGAAUGUGGUGAUGGGAGCUCUGCUGUCGUCAUGCAUUAUACCAAUAAGUCUUAUGGAUUCCAAGUCCUACAUGAACAGUUCAUUUCUACUUAACAUCACGACAGCUGAAAAUAUCAAUCUUCUGUUUGUUCUCUCUUUUACAUGAAUCAUCUAGAACAUGUGUGAUGAUCUUAGCAGAAAAAUAGAGAAGAUGCUUCUCGUUCUUUCAGCAACUAAUCACCAGCUUUACAUUAGAUAAAAAGAGAAGUAUCAAAAGAUUGUGUAGAGUAUUGCUGUGUUAUUUAAAUGAUACCAUAGAAUUAAUAUAAAACAAGUGCAGCAAAGACCAGUCAACUUCUUUUUCCUACCAAUAAAGAGCAUUAAUCUUACAAUCCAGCAUUGAUUAUAGUAUUAGGUGAUGUUCUUUGGCAAUAAAUGAUUCAGGUUCUUUAUUGCCUAGUUUAUGUGAGUGCAUAUCUGCUCUCAAAUGCUAGUAAUUGCACAUUUUACCCAAAAUAUAGAUUAUUUUAAGAGACUGGUUGAAAAUAUUUUUUGCAGAUUUAAAUACUUUAUAUGCUUCAAGUUUUUCAAUUCAUUUUUUUAAUUAAUGGUACUACAAAAUGUUAAUCCAUUAUUUAGCCUUUAUACUUAUGGAUGUCUAUUUAUAUGCUGUUUUUCCAUCUUAAUUUACUUUGAUGUUCUCUGCUGUAAUUGUAUGAUGGCUGUGCUUAUUGUCACAGUUUGACUUUUAGAUUCAGCAGAUGUAUUUAUUCAAUUAUAGAAACAUAUUGUUAGAGGAAUGGAGAUUCUGCUGCUCAUCCUCUGUGCCUUUUUUGGGAAGAUCAACUUUUUUGUAUUUAUAAUCUAAAUUGUUUGGCUUAUUUUUGUCUUCUAAAAUUAAUAACUUACUAAAUCUAGUAAAUUUCAUGAAAACUGCACUGAAGUUAUUUUUUGUUUUAGCUAAAAAUGAGGCUUAAGUGUUUAUAACAAUGCAAUAUGUAACAAUUACAUUAGUUUUUAAACACAA